CGUUCUUUCUUCAUCUUCUUCCCCUGAACCAUUUUGGGUUUCCUCUCAGAGCAAGCACACCCAAAUGGCGGUGGCAAUGUCGAUGAGCUUCAACCUAGCUGGGGCGUUCCGAGGGCUUACCUUAUCGUCUUCGAGCUCUUCUUCCUCCUCUUUCUUCGGAGGCAAUUUGGGUUCCGUACGCGUGGCGGGUCCCAAGCUAUCCGUGUCGUUCACACGGAGACUCCCGUUGACCAUCCAAAAUGCACACAAGAAAGGAGCAGGAAGCACCAAGAACGGGCGCGACUCCAGAGGCAAAAGGCUCGGCGUCAAGAUCUACGGCGAUCAGGUCGCCAAGCCCGGCUCCAUCAUCAUUCGCCAGCGCGGUACCAAGUUCCAUGCAGGGAAGAAUGUGGGGCUUGGCAAGGACCACACCAUCUUCUCCUUGAUUGACGGUCUCGUAAAAUUUGAGAAGUUUGGGCCUGACAGGAAGAAGGUGAGUGUUUAUCCACGAGAAGUACAGCCAGAGAACCCAAACAGUUACAGAGCAAGGAAGAGAGAAUCCUUCAGGCUGCAACGUGAACGCAAGAAAGCAAGAAAGGAAGGUUUUAUUGCUCAACCACAACUAGUAAUGGCUGCUGCUGUUGAUGCUGCAGAUAGCAAUCCCAUUUGCUAAUUCUGCAAGGCGGACCUAUCCUACUCUAUUUGCUUUGCAUGUAAAUUUGAAUGACUGGUUUAAUCUUUUUGUUGUCCAAUACCAGUUAAUAUUCUUGUCCAAAAGUGUAGCUGUAAACACUUGAAUCAAAUUUGCAAAAUUGAGUUCCAUUUUGUUUC